AUGUCGUACCCAGAUAAUUUUGAAGGUUUUGCAGUAGUCGAUAGCCACAAAAAAUGGUUAAGUCCAGAAAAGGUUGUAUACCCUGCCAAGCAAUUUAAUCCAAGAGAUGUUGACAUUGAAAUUGAGGCAUGUGGUGUUUGCGGUAGUGAUGUUCACUGUGCCAAGGGUAAUUGGGGUGAAAUGAAGUUGCCGUUGGUUGUUGGGCAUGAAAUCAUUGGUAAAGUGGUUAGACUUGGUGAUAAGUGUGAUACCGGUUUGAAGGUUGGUGACCGUGUUGGUGUUGGUGCACAAGUCAGUGCUUGUUUGGACUGUAACCGUUGUAACAAUGACAACGAACAAUACUGUCCAAAAUUCGUUACCACUUACUCUCAACCAUACUUUGAAGAUGGUUAUGUUGGUCAAGGUGGUUACGCAUCUCACAUCAGAGUCCACGAACAUUUCGUGAUUCCAAUCCCAGAAUCUUUAGAAACCAACAAUGUUGCACCAUUGCUAUGUGGUGGUGCCACUGUGUAUUCUCCAUUGAAGAGAAAUGGAUGUGGCCCAGGUAAGAAAGUCGGUAUCGUUGGUAUCGGAGGUAUUGGUCACAUGGGUAUUCUAUUAGCCAAAGCCAUGGGUGCCGAAGUGUACGCCAUCUCUAGAUCCCAUGCCAAGGAGGAAACAUCCAAGCAAUUGGGUGCAGACCAUUACAUUGCCACUGAAGAUGAAGGUUGGGAAACCAAGUAUUUCGAUACAUUGGAUUUCAUGGUUCUAUGUGGUAACUCAUUGUCGGCCGUUGAUUUCGGCAAGCUACCAAAGAUUUUGAAAGCUCAAGGUGUUAUUGCAUCCAUUUCUGUCCCUGAUCAGCAUGAAGCCAUACAUUUACAUCCAGCGCAACUUCUAGGAUUCCAGAUUACUCAAUCUUGUCUAGCAUCUCGUGCAGAAAUCAUUGAAAUGUUGAACUUGGUGGCUGAAAAGAAGAUCAAACUAUGGGUUGAAACGGUUCCAAUCAGUGAGGAAAAUAUCUCCACAGUGUUCAAAAGAAUGGAAAGCGGUGAUGUUCGUUUCAGAUUCACACUAACUGACUUUGAUAAACAGUUUGACCAAUUCAAAGCCAAGAAAUAG